AAGCGAACGUUUGAAGCGUGCAGAAGCAAAAAUAAAUCGAGAAGUGAAUAAAUCGUACCUUAUUAUUCAGGGUGCAGUGACUAAACAACAGCUACAACAAACAACAAACAAGUGACAAGUGCAACUUAAGAACAAACACAAUGCAAACAAAAACAAAUAUACAAACAUUGAGCCUCGCUCUCGGUCUCAUCCUGCUGCUCAUGUUGUGUCUGAUCGGAUCGAGCACUGGCUAUGCCAUCGGUCAGUCCAAGUUUGGCAGAAUUGAAAAGUUCCCCUACCAAGUGAUGCUCAUUGGCAAGCAGCUGUGGCGCAGGCGCAUCCUCUGUGGCGGCACAUUGCUGGACAAGCGUUGGGUCCUCACCGCCGGACAUUGCACCAUGGGCGUCACACAUUUCGACGUGUAUUUGGGGACGAGGAGCGUCGAGGAUACUGAACAGCUGGGUGGACUUGUGCUACGCUCCAAUAAAUUCAUUGUCCAUGAGGGCUUCAAUCCAGAGACGGCAGCGAAUGACAUUGCGCUGGUCAAGUUGCCCGUGGACGUGACAUUCACAACCCGCAUUCGACCGGCAUUGUUGCCGAUCAGACAACGUCUGGAUCAGUUUACCGGUAUGAGUGUGGUGGCCAGCGGUUGGGGCGCCACGGUGGAAAUGACCAGCUCCGAUGCCAUGCAGUACACCGAGCUGAAGGUGAUAUCCAAUGCCGACUGUGCCGAGGAGUACGAUGUGGUCACCGCUGGCGUUAUGUGCGCCAAGGGACUCAAGGAUGAGACGGUCUGCACUGGCGAUUCAGGUGGUCCCCUUGUCAUAAAGGGCACCCAGGUGCUGGUGGGCAUUACGAGUUUUGGACCCGCCGAUGGCGAAGCUGGCGGUGGUUGUGAUAGGACCAGUGUUCCCGGUGGUUUUACUCGUGUCACACACUAUCUGGAUUGGAUCGAGAGUAAAAUUGGCAGCCACUCACACACACAAACACAGCAUCAUCACAAAUAUCGGGAUGAUAAUCUCGUUUAAACUCAAGUGUGAUCCAAACUCUGACUGAAUCGUCUAGCUUUAUAUUAAUAUUGAUAUCAAAAUCAGAUAUUGAUCGUGUGAUAUUUGUACUCUUCUCACUUAGCUAAUUUCCAAAUUGUACUCAUGAAUUUGUUUUAGUUUGUAACUAUUUAAAUAUCUAUUAUUUAUUCUAAUUGUAAGUCAAAAGUUCAGUCUCAACAACAAUGAUCUGUUGUGUGAACUUCCAAACAAAAAGAAAGCAAG